AUGGGUCAUCCUCCAAAAUGGGUUGUUGUGAUGUUCUUUCUACUGAGCAUUGUGCUAAGUUUGUGCGUAGUGAGUUUUGGAGAUGUUGAGCAUAAGACUCAAGAAUAUGAUGAUGAGGAUUGUGGUUAUAGAGGAUGUUAUGGUGGUCCGAGACGUUGGGGUGGACCUAGAGGUGGACGGUUUGGGGGGCCGGGACAUUGGGGUGGACCUAAAGGUGGACGGUUUGGCGGCCCGGGACAUUUUGGUGGACCAAGAGGUCCACGUUUUGGUGGUCCAGGAGGUGGACUUGGUGGUGGCGGUGGUCUAGGAGGAGGUGGCGGAAUUGGUGGUGGUGGUGGUCUAGGAGGUGGCGCUGGUGGAGGGUUAGGAGGAGGUGGCGGAGGAGGUCUAGGAGGUGGUGGUGGAGGAGGAUUAGGAGGAGGUGGCGGAGGAGGUCUAGGAGGUGGUGGAGGAGGAGGAUUAGGAGGAGGUGCUGGAGGUGGUCUUGGUGGAGGUGCAGGAGGAGGUUUAGGUGGUGGUGCUGGUGGAGGAGGCGGUCUUGGUGGAGGGGGAGGACUAGGAGGUGGUGCUGGAGGUGGUGUAGGUGGUGGUGUAGGUGGCGGUGCUGGAGGUCUUGGAGGUGGUGGUGGAAAGGGUGGAGGAUUUGGUGCUGGUGGAGGAGUUGGAGGUGGUGCUGGAGGAGGUCUUGGUGGUGGUGUUGGUGGAGGUGGAGGCGGUGGACUUGGUGGUGGUGCAGGUCAAGGGGGAGGAUUUGGAGCUGGUGGAGGAGUUGGAGGUGGUGCAGGAGGAGGUCUUGGUGGUGGUGUUGGAGGAGGUGGUGGUGCUGGCGGAGGCGGAGGUGGUGGACUUGGUGGUGGUUCGGGUCAUGGUGGAGGAUUUGGAGCAGGUGGAGGACUAGGUGGUGGUGCAGGGGGAGGCCUUGGAGGUGGUGGUGGAGCUGGGGGAGGAGGUGGUGGAGGUUUAGGCGGUGGGUCAGGCCAUGGUGGUGGAUUUGGUGCAGGUGGUGGUGUAGGAGGUGGAGCAGGUGGUAUUGGAGGUGGUGGUGGUGGUGGAGGGUUUGGUGCUGGUGGAGGACUUGGAGGUGGCUUAGGUGGUGGUCACGGACUUGGUGGUGGUCACGGACUUGGUGGUGGGGGUGGAAUCGGUGUCGGAAUUGGAAUUGGUGUAGGCAUUGGUGGAGGUGCUGGUAAAGGAGUAGGCACGGGUGUUGGUGUCGGCGGUGGUGGAAGGCGCUAG